GGUAUAUAUAACGCGUAUCCGUAGAGCAAGUAUUCUCAGUUGGGUGAACACAGCGCAGUGUUUAGUGAUCAUGGCUCCGCAAAUCAAAUAUACUAAGUUGUUCAUCGACAAUGAGUGGGUGGACUCCGUGAGCGGUAAAACCUUCGACACUUACACCCCUCACACUGGAGAGGUCAUAGCGUCCGUCGCUGAAGGAGACAAGGCUGACGUAGACCUAGCAGUGAAGGCCGCUCGUCGUGCAUUCCACCGCAACUCAGAAUGGCGCUUACUGGACGCGUCUCGACGUGGGGAAAUCCUUCACAAGUUCUCAGAGCUCGUGCAAAGAGACUCCAAGUACAUCACGGAGUUGGAAUCCUAUAACAACGGCAUGACGAUGAACAUGUGCCCACUUAUCAUCGACAAUGGUAUCAAAUACAUUAAAUACUACGCCAGCUUAGCUGACAAAAUUCAAGGAUCCACUAUUCCUGCUGAUGGUGAAGUAUUCUCCUACACACUUAAGCAACCUGUGGGCGUAUGUGGACUUAUUUUACCAUGGAAUGCACCAGUUUUGAUGUAUAUUAACAAAGUCUGCACAGCACUUGCUGCAGGGUGCACAAUGGUGGUUAAACCAGCGGAACAGACUCCACUGACUGCGUUGUAUCUGACGGCGUUGCUGGCCGAAGCUGGUGUCCCAAAGGGUGUAGUGAACGUUAUCAAUGGCUACGGCGAGACCGCUGGAGUCGCUCUCACACACCACCCGCUAGUCGCCAAGAUAUCAUUCACUGGAUCACUUGAAGUCGGCAAAUUGAUUCAGCAAGCUGCUGGAACUAACAACCUCAAACGUGUCACUCUUGAGUUAGGAGGCAAAAGUCCUCUUGUCAUCAUGGACGACGCCGACCUGGCAAUAGCUGUCCCCGCAGCUGCAAUGGGUGUAUUCGGGAACCAGGGCCAAAUGUGUAUAGCAGCUUCUCGUUUAUAUGUUCACUCGAAGAUAUAUGACAAGUUUGUUGAGGCAGCUGUUCAGUUCGCGAAGGCCAUCAAAACUGGUGAUCCGGCGGACCCCAACACUCAACAUGGACCACAAAUCGACGAGUUGAUGAUGAAAAAGGUACUGAACUACAUUGAAACCGGGAAAAAAGAAGGAGCUAAGCUGGUGACUGGAGGCAAGCGUUUAGGAACCAAAGGCUUUUACAUCGAACCCGCUGUCUUCUCUGACGUCACAGAUGACAUGACUAUCGCUAAGGAAGAGAUCUUCGGCCCAGUACAGAGCAUUCUGAAGUUCGACACAUUAGAGGAAGUGAUUGACCGAGCAAACGAAACUAACUACGGUCUCGCCUCCGGAAUCUUCACUUCCAACAUCAACAAUGCUCUGCAGUUCAGCAAGCAUGUUGAAUCUGGCGUUGUUUGGGUCAACACAUAUUUGGUGCUGGGUGGUCAGUGUCCAUUUGGAGGAUUCAAAGAGUCAGGACUUGGCCGUGAAUCUGGCAUCAACUGCGUCGACGCGUAUUUGGAAACAAAAACUGUUACUAUCGCCCAACCAAAGAAAUUUUAAUUUUAUUGAAUGAUACAAAAGAAUAACAAAAAUAAAGAACUGAUACGGAAUAUCUA